AGCGCCGGUCGUAUAGUCUGUGUCGAGACGUACAGUGAAAUCGCGGCCAACAAUACGGCCGACCAUUGGAUCGAUUGGUCGCCCAUUGAGUGGACGAAUGUGACCGUCGAUGGUAUGGAUCAGUUGGAGAAUCGGUCGAAAGUGAUGUCACUUCAGUUG